CCCAUCCAUGUUUUCACAUGAAUUUUCAUGACUCAUGAAAACCUGCCUGAUAAAUGACAAGUGUUUUGAUCUUGAGAUAGUUUUAAGUUUAGUCUCUUCAUAAUGCCUUUGGUUUUUAUCAGUUUUUAUGAAAGCACAUUGAAGUAGUUAUUGUCGUAUGAUGGCAUUUAAGUGCCGACUGAUCAUUAAAAACAAAGUGAAAACUGCUGAACUAGCUCAUCACUGUAAGUCACCGUAAUGACUGGAGGAAGUCAUUAGUGCAAAAAUCUAAUAUUGGGAUUGUUAGUGUUACACAAAACUCUGACUGUACCUUCACUAUGCUUCUACUGUAAAGCAUAAAGAUGGGAGGUUUGUUCUGUAGGGAUGUUUUUCUGUGAAAGUAGCUUGUUGACUGUUUUGCACAGAGCGUUGUAUAACAGUAGGCAAAUGCAGAUUAUAAUUAUUUAAGAAAACAUCCCACAAAAGACCUAAAAAUGGCUGUUAUCAAACCCAUCCAGCCUGACUGACCAUAUCAAACUACAUGAGAAUAAUUCAUUACAGGUUUGCCAGGAAGUCUGGGGAUUCCCCUUCUGUGUUUACCAAAUUUUUAUAAUAUACAAUUUCUCCACUUUGAAUUUUUCAACACUAAUCCCAUGUGGAACAUUUCCUCAUGCAAAGUAGCUUCCUGGAUCAUCAUGUAAAUGCUCACUGGAUUCCUAAAUUCACCAGACUUAUUUCUCAGUAUUUGUGUAAAGACUCUCACUCUGCCACCAUGUUUCUCUUUGUGCUGUCGCUGCUGGUCAGCGGUUCGCAAGCUUCACAUUUUCUUGGCACUAUGAUGACUUACUACCCAGGGGAAACUCAAACUAACGGAUACGUAUCAGUGAUCCUUCGCUACAAGCAGAAUUUUGUCGGGUGCUCACAAAGUGACACCUGGGACUGCGAUGGCAACUGUGGGUCUUGGACUCAGACGCUUUCAUUAGCCAAAGUGGACGAAGUUAGCAGUGAAUGGUGUCAGACAGAAGGAAUCAUAAUUUGUCAGCUUCCCAACAACACUGGAUUUCAGACUAAAUUGGAUGGCGGAGGGUGGAUAAACAGCAUUUCAAAUGGUGUUGGAUACUGGAGAGCUGUGGCUGCUGUUGAACUGAGGAACCGGUCCGACAUUGGCAAACCCAACACAUCACCACAGACCACCAUCCUCCCAGCUUUAAGAGUACCAGGAAACUGCCCAAGAACUAUUAACUUGUUGACCUUUGACCCUGAUGGAGAUGAGGUUAAAUGCAGAUAUGGGAAAACAACAGAUUCAGAGUGUAACCCCUGUAACCCUCCGCCUGUCCUCAAUGUCUCAUCAUCCUGUUCUCUGACAUUCAGCUCCCCUGUAAGCAGCACCAGCUCUGAACAUCGUUACGCAGUCCAGCUGGUGAUAGAAGAUUUUCCCAGACAGACCAUUACUCUGACUGAAACCGGCGGCUCACAGGAAGUGAAAACUACCGGCGACGCCAUCAGCAAGAUACCUUUACAGUUUGCCUUGAAAGUGAUUCCUGAGGUGCCAUCUUGUGCUGAAGGAUCCUAUGUGGCCAGAUUUGUGCCUCCAACUCCAGACAACAGAGCUCAGAAAUUCAUCCAAGUCAAUAAGGUGCUGGAAAUCCACAUCAGAGCAGAAGCAACUCAUUCCAACGUUACUGGACUCCUGUUCAGCGGGCCUCACAUGGUAUCUAAGAGUUCAUCCGGAUCAGGAAGCUUCACCCUGAGGUGGACACCAUCCGCAAGAGAAAGUGGACAGAGCCACCCCAUCUGUUUUGUUGUCGAGACGAGUUUCAACAGUAACACCUACCACUCUGACCUCCGAUGUGUCACUGUGACCGUUGGAAACUAUUAUGUUGUAGCUCUCAGAGGGAAGAUCUCAACCACAUUAUCACUGGAGAAUGAUUAUGAUGCUCUCGUCAAACAGAUUAAGGAUGAACUGACUAGACGACGGCUGCACACAAGCAUGAACGUACGCCUCCGCAGGACGGCUUGAUUUAAAUUUGGGACACACUCUUCGUACCUAUACUUCUGCUGAGUGAUGCAUUUCCUGAAAUUGGGAUCUAUCGCUUUUUGUUACAUAUUAUGUUAAUGAUCACAAAUAUUUAGUUGAUAUAUUUCUGUUGAUAUCCACUGGAGAAGGAUCUAAUCUCCUUCCUGACGGUUUAAAAAUAAUCUGGAAUAGACCAUGAAUGGAUGGACGGGUUGUUGAGCAACUUUUUUGUUAUCACAAUUAUUUGUGUCUGUUAGUUUUUAUAACUUUCUUCUAUAUGAAAUAAACAAUUGUAAUGUUGAUCAUCA